CGCGCCUCAGCAGCCUUCCCGAGCGAAGAUUCUCCUGACCCCAACAGCGGGCGACAAGCGCUUCGUCCGGCAGCUGAAGUCCUCCAUCUGAAGCCCUGUAAGGCAGUCGCACAGAGGACGGCUGGAUCCAUGCGUGAUCUUGGUCUGCGAACAUCCUAGCAAGUGUCUGCGCUAGCUAGACGCAACGGCGCGCGGGUCGCACCAAUGCCACACCCAGCCAGAGAUAACACGACGUAUACCGGAAACCGAGCGGACGGUGACUCGACCAACAUCUAUGGCAACGUCUAUGGCGACGUGCACUUCCCGGGAAGGCCUCGCGAGGCUGGCGAACCAUCACUCCACCAGUGCCUGCACGACCUGCGAGUGACGGAUCCGCGCGAGGACCGGGCGCGCAUUGAAGGUGACAAGGACCGGCUGCUCCGAGACUGCUACGCAUGGAUACUGGACGACGCCAGCUUCCAGCAAUGGAGGACGCAGGACGAGUCGCGGCUGUUGUGGAUCAAGAGCGACCCGGGCAAAGGCAAGACAAUGAUGACGAUGGGUCUGAUCGCUGAGUUGUCGCAAGGAGAAUAGAGCUAGGCCAUCGUCGGGGACAAUGUCGAAGAUGCUCGUGAAGCUAAAGCUCAAGUCGAAGCAGGAGGUCAAGAGCGCACCGA